AGAAUGGAGGGCACAGCCUGUGCGUGCGGCACCUGUGCGGCUGGCGACGCUGCGACGCAAGCAGUUCCAGGAUUUGCGCUCGUCGGAAGGCUCUCACCAUAUUGACGCACAUAACGCGACGCGAACUACACGAGGUGUUUGAGCUAUGUCUGGUUCCCCGUUGCGUAGCACAACUCCCUCAAAGUCUGAGCUGUCGCCUGCUUGUGAUGAUAAUGAUCCAAGCCCGAUAGACAGCGAACAUAGAGGAGCAUCUGCGGAAGCUUUAGAAGAGCAAGAGUCGGAUGACAAAAGACCUUCACCGCAAUUCCUACUAGACCCGUUGGAGCUAUUCGAGGUGAAGCCUAUGCAACAUGAUUUUGCGCACGAGUGCGUUCACAUCAGGUCAUGGAACAUCGACUCGGACGACGUCGACGACGACGGCGACGUUAGCCCGUGGUUCUAUGCGAUCUGCGGCAGUGAGCUGAAAGACGAUCUGAAUAACCAUAUGAUCAUGGCCCUACAAUGUCAAGACGCCGACCUCGCAGAUCGGAUAACGGGGAUGUAUCAACCCUCAGCUGUAAUACUGUCGUUCAACCUCGAGGCCCCUUCAAAUGCCGACAGUGACAGUCGUCACUCUGAUGCUCCCGAGCUGCGGGAGCACCUCCUUGCAUGCGCUACGUCUCCCUCACCAAUCGCUGCGUAUAUCUACUACCUCGGCUUUCUUGAACAUGUUUUCCGGAAAGUCCUGAAGUUAGCAGAAUGGUCGAAGGAGACAAGCGAUGCCGAGUGUGAUCUUCAAGAUAUCUCAUGUGCCGAAAUCGAGGGACGUGAGCCAGAGCACGAGCUGGAUGGAGUAUCAUUGAAGCGCAUUCCAGCGCAAUUUCCGAGGACCGUCGGGAGUUCCCAGAACUCUCUGCGAGUUAUGGCGACGUCGAGGUCGCAGAAAAUGUGGCAUACCAGGCGUACAGGCGACUUGGACCCGUGCUACCUCUGUACUUGCGACACGCAGACGCGGGAAUGUACCAAUGCUCGUUCUGGUUUUUCGUGGAGCGGACGCCCUAACGGAAACUCUGUCGGGAUAACUUGAAGAUGCUCUAUCGGCCGACAAUCCAUCGGACGACAGUCAUCC